AUGACAGAACUGGGCGAGGUGUUGGCCUGCCGUCUUGUGGCAGAAGAUGAGCGACUGCGGCGCCAGCACAAAGUGUUUGAGGAGCAGCGGCAGUGGCUGCUCGCGAGGCUUGUGUCCGUGUCGCAUAGUGGCGGCGGCAGCGUUGGCAGUGAAAAAGAUGAGGUGGGAUCGGAGAGGCGGCAAGAGAGAAGGCCAUUGCAAUCCCAUAGCUCCUGUUGUACCGGCGGCGUGCCUGUCGAGGACCGGUUGCUGGAGUACGGGAGGCGGCGAGAUGAGCGGGUAGAGCGCGCACGCCGAACGCGCCAGGAGGCGGCGGAGAUGGCGGAUAGAAAACUCCUGGAGAGAGCAGAGCCAUCGACGCGGAGUGGGACGCGUGCCGCGUUGUCCAGUAGCGCGCAGGCAGUGGCGCUCCGGCGGGCCGCAAGGCACGAACGCCUUGUGGAGGAGUCCAUCGCGGAACUGAAUUUUCAUCCCCGCAUAUCGAUUGAGUCAGCGCGUCUUGCGCAGGAGCGGCGGGUGAAGGAGAACACUGAGUCCUUGUCCGUCUCAGAGGUUCUGCUGCGCCGCCAGGCGAUGACGGAUGCGCAGCUGGAGAGAAAAAGAGCUGAGUUGAAUGCCAUACGUGCGGCCCCAAUGAUUACGAAAAAGGCAAAGACGCUGUCUCUCCCAUAUACGGCAUCGGAGCGGCUGUACUUGCACGCCAAGGAGCGGCAGGACGAGGACAAGGAGGUGCGUGAAAGGCUGCAUGAGAUGAACGAGAAGAAUCUGGACUACUCGUUUCACCCCUCCAUUUCGGAAAAGGCUGAGCAACUGCACAGAAAACCGGGGCGGCGGGCAUAUGAGGACUUGUACGAACACGGGAUGCAGCAGCAACAUCAGAGGCGCCUUGAGACUUCCGAGGCGAACGCCGACUUUCGCCCCAACAUAAAUCGAGUAAGUAAGCUUAUUGAGGCGCGGAUGUGCGAGUCCACAACGGAGCGACUCUUGAAGCCGCGUCAAACGAAGCGCGCCGAGACUCCCUCUGCAAGGUUGCGCUUGCGCCGUGAGGAUCUUGAUCGACGCUUUGAACAACUGUACGUGGAUGGCGGCGCGAGGGUCAGACGGCGACGCUCGUUUUCGGAGGGGGAGCAUGAGUUGGAGCCAGAGUGCACCUUCGCUCCAAAGAUCAACCGGGGCCGCAUACCUGCAGACGGCGUCUCGGGACUUCCGCUGGACGUGCGUAUGCAUCUGUGGCAGGAGCGAAAGAAUCAAAAACUGAUGUUGAUCCGGCUAGAGGCGCAGAAGAUGGAGGAGGAGGAGUACCGUGGAAUGCCCAUCUCCCCGUGGCAGGGAGAUCGGUUUCAGACAGAGCGGGACAUCAGGUGCAGGCCAAGAGUGGCCUCGGGUGACGCAACUGCCCCAACGCGGGAGUCUCACUCAUCAAGUUGCAGAGGCGCUGCAACGGCUGCGGCGAGGCCUGUGGGGCAUGAAGAGACCAUGCUAAAGGCGUUGCAGGCACUCGAGCAUGCGGAGCGCGUGUCACAGUACAUUAUGAUAGACUAG